GGUCAAUUGGGCUCUGGACUCGAGCUUCAAGUUCCUCUCAAAAUGUGGACGAGGUUUCUUGAUCCGUCGAGACUCGAGUGGCCUACGCCAGUAAUACCCCGUCAAUUGGUUGUCCUUUCGGUGUUUCAUGGAGUGUACUUGAUGUUUCCUCACAGUGGUCCCCACAAAUAAUCUCGGCUUCUCCGUUUGCGCCCGCCUGUUUACAUGCGACAAUCCUCUCCAACCCAUUGACAACCAGCUCAUCCGUCCAAUUCUCGUUUUCGAAGAUAACGCCAGGAAAAAUCAAUACAGCAGCAGGGGAUACAAUCAGGAAGUGCAGCUGCUGAACCAGCGGCACUACGUUUCACCAUCUUACGACAAGCUUCGGCCUGCGAAAUCCGCCUCAGGAUGGAGUCCCUUUUAUCGCUCGCCUUCGAUAACCUCUCAUCGUUUGACGGGGCGAAGAUCAAGAAGGGCUUGAAACAAGUCGAAGGAUUGCUCGCGCAAAUCUGCCUUUCGGGCCCAAGCAGCCCAAGGAAACAGACCGCCGCCGACCCAGGGCGAGACAGAGAUAGUAACCAGUCCUCGCGCAAAGUCUUGGCCGACCUCUCAGGCGACCCGGCCUUCCGCGAGUUUUUCAAGCUCCAAGAAGGCUUUGAGUGGAAUAUCGCCCAGCGCCUGCUCACCACCCUCGACUGGCUCGUCGUCCGUGGCGGCGACGGCCAAUACGACCUCCUCAUCGUCAACGCUCUCGAUCUGAUCCAGGGUGUCCUCCUGCUGCACCCACCAAGUAAGGUGCUCUUCUCCCGGAGCGUGCAUAUGAACCUCCUCCUCGACCUCCUCGAACCAAUCAAUUGCCCGGCCAUUCAGUCCGCCACAAUCAUCACGCUCGUCGUCGCCCUCCUCGACAUGCCGCAAAACACGCGCGUCUUUGAGCAGCUCGACGGCCUGCUCACCGUCACGUCGCUCUUCAAGAGCCGCGAGACGGGCCGCGAUGUCAAGUUCCGCCUGACCGAGUUCCUGUACUUCUACCUCACCCCCGAAACCCCCUCCAUCCCGAGGGCCGCGGCCCGCAUGAGCGCCGUCGCCGGACCCGGCCUGCUGCAGAGGAGCCCUAGUAAGCUCGUAAAGGUUUUUGGUGGUGGUGGUGGGAAUGGCGAGAGGCCCGGUAGUGAGAGCGGCGCGACGCUGUCAGUCGAGGCGAAGAAGCAAUUCGUCGAUCGGUACCUGCCGGGCGUGGUGGAUGAGUUGUUGAAGGACUUGGAUACGUACAAGCCGUUUGGGGGCGUUCUAAGUUAACCGGCUGGGCUACGGUUGGAGUUGGGACCAGCGUUGGCUGUUGCGGGCUUUCCUCCCGUUCUGUUUCUUUGCCGGUGGCGUUGUUUGCUCAUCCACCGUUUCCAUUUCCUUCUGGGGGGGGGGGCGUUUAAUUCUUGCGGCCUGUUUCUCAUGCCGUCUUGUUCACCGUCGUUUCUGGAUCCUACCAUCGGUGGCGAUCCUGGUCUGUAUACUGUACGACUAUCGUCGCAUUACUCGGGCGUUUCCUUGCUGGUAUGUUUGGGCAAGCGGCAAACCUCCCAGGCGGAUUUGAAUGGGAGCAUUGGCAUGUUCAUAUUGCGUAUAGAAGGCGCGGCGUUUCCUCAGGGCUGUUUUAGAUCUUAGUCCAUCAUCGCUGGACAGUUGGGGUGUAGGAAUUGAGUAAAUUGAGC